AAAAGUUCAUUGAAAAAAAAUCGCUCUUUCGCGAAGUUGCGUCACCCACAUGUUCCGUCUAAAGUGAAAUAAAAGUGAUAAUUUUAUUGAAUUAUCCAGUAAAUUAACACUAAAAUGUUGUGCGCUACACGGUCUUUUGGCCGAAAGGCCCUAGAGUGCUCCGGAGUCACCUCAGAUCUUUACACACAGAGGAAUUUCUCAACCCUCCUCCGAAACACUGCAUCCCCAACAGUUCCUAUCUAUCGCCAUGGACUGCAAAGCCGACACAAGUCGGAGGGUGUGCGAGGAGCCGUCAUCGGUAUUGACCUGGGUACCACAAACUCAUGUGUGGCCGUCAUGGAAGGAAAGACACCCAAGGUGGUGGAGAACUCGGAGGGGUCGCGCACGACGCCGUCGCACGUGGCGUUCUCCAAGGAGGGCGAGCGGCUCGUCGGCAUGCCCGCCAAGCGACAGGCCGUCACCAACUCAGGCAACACAUUCUACGCGACCAAGCGUCUGAUCGGCAGAAGGUUUGAUGACCCCGAGGUGCAGAAGGACCUCAAGAACCUGUCCUACAAGGUCGUGAAGGCUUCCAAUGGAGACGCGUGGGUGCAGGGUACCGACGGCAAGAUGUACUCCCCGUCUCAGAUCGGAGCCUUCGUGCUGAUCAAGAUGAAGGAGACUGCCGAGGCCUACCUGAACACCACGGUCAAGAAUGCCGUGGUGACGGUGCCGGCUUACUUCAACGACUCGCAGCGACAGGCUACUAAGGAUGCUGGUCAAAUCUCUGGUCUGAACGUGCUGCGAGUGAUCAACGAGCCCACCGCCGCCGCGCUCGCCUACGGCAUGGACAAGACUGACGACAAGAUUAUCGCAGUAUACGACCUCGGCGGCGGCACCUUCGACAUCUCGGUCCUCGAGAUCCAGAAGGGCGUGUUCGAGGUGAAGUCCACCAACGGAGACACGCUUUUAGGAGGAGAGGACUUCGACAACGUGCUCGUCAACUUCCUGGUCGAUGAGUUUAAGAAGGAUCAAGGCAUAGACCUCCGCAAGGACGCGAUGGCGAUGCAACGGCUCAAGGAGGCGGCGGAGAAGGCCAAGAUCGAGCUCUCAGGGUCCGUGCAGACCGACAUCAACCUGCCCUACCUCACCAUGGACGCCGCAGGGCCCAAGCACAUGAAUCUGAAGAUGACCCGUUCCAAGCUGGAGUCCCUAGUGGGCGACCUGAUCAAGCGCACGGUGGCGCCCUGCCAGCGCGCGCUGCAGGACGCCGAGGUCACCCGCACCGACAUCGGCGAGGUGUUGCUGGUCGGAGGCAUGACUAGGAUGCCCAAGGUACAAUCGACCGUGCAGGAGAUCUUCGGGCGCGCGCCGUCCCGCGCCGUCAACCCUGACGAGGCGGUCGCUGUCGGCGCCGCUGUGCAAGGUGGCGUGCUAGCGGGCGACGUGACCGACAUCCUCCUGCUGGACGUGACCCCCCUGUCGCUCGGCAUCGAGACCCUCGGCGGAGUGUUCACCAAGCUCAUCACCAGGAACACCACCAUCCCCACCAAGAAGAGCCAGGUCUUCUCCACCGCUGCUGACGGUCAGACCCAGGUGGAGAUCAAGGUGCACCAGGGCGAGCGCGAGAUGGCCGCCGACAACAAGAUGCUGGGCCAGUUCUCGCUCGUGGGCAUCCCGCCCGCGCCCAGGGGCGUCCCACAGGUGGAGGUGACAUUCGACAUCGACGCCAACGGCAUCGUGCACGUGAGCGCGCGCGACAAGGGCACCGGCAAAGAACAACAGAUCGUCAUCCAGUCCUCCGGAGGUCUCUCCAAGGACGAGAUCGAGAACAUGGUGAAAGCCGCGGAGAAGUUCGCCGCCGCCGACAAACAACGCCGAGAGAGGGUCGAGGUGUCCAACCAGGCGGAGGGCGUGCUUCAUGAUACCGAGACCAAGAUGGACGAGUACAAGGCGCAGCUGCCUCAGGAGGAGUGCGACAAGCUCAAGACAGAGAUCACCGCGCUGCGCGACCUCUUGGCCAAGAAGGACGAGGCGGACCCCGAGGACAUCCGCAAGGCGACCGGUGCGCUGCAGCAGGCCAGCCUCAAGCUGUUCGAGCAGGCCUACAAGAAGAUGGCGGCUGAAAGAGAGGGCAACAACCAGCAGCAGACCGAGACUCCCCCGUCCGAGGACGACAAGAAGGAAGAGAAGAAGAACUAAGCACCUUCUAGAAGGAAGAUAUAGCUAUGCGAACUAUAGGAGCUAAGGGCGGCCACACACGUUUGACGAAAUUACUAGAUAGUUCAACUCUUUGGUGUCUAAUUUUUAGCUAGACUUCUAGACGAUAUAUUUGAAUAUGGAAAUGAAUUUUUAUCCGACUUUAAAAUUAGGAGGAGGUUCUCAAUUCGUCUAUGUUUUAUUAAGAAGUACCAAAGAGUUUGAUUAACAGAUUACCGCCUAACCGCCUUUCUCCGAACUUAAUUAAUUGAUGAAACAAUAAUAUAGACGUAUGUUUGCAACGUGAGAAUGUGAAUCACCAAAAUUAUUGCAGUGCAAUGCGCAAAAGUUAAAUUGUAAUGAAUUUAAUGUACCUGUAGCGUGUAGAAUUUAGACUAUAAUAUUAUGUUUUCGGCGAAACUUGAGGUUUUUAUGUGCAUUUUUUUAAUUAUAUUGAAAUUCUCUUGUAAGCGUUUCGAUCACAAAGUGUAGAUUGAGUUAUGGCUGGCAGUUAGUGAUAAUUGUUGGGAUCUAUUUCUUUUCUAUGAACAGAAUAUGUUAUGAUGCUCUGUUGAUAAAAUAGAAUGUUUAUUCCAAUUUGUUAUUUAGUGAAAAAAUGUACUUGCAUUCUUGCUAGUUCACUAGUUGUUAUUUUUAAUUAUUAUACUAGUAUCUGUAAUAUAUUUUUUCUAUGAUUAUAGUAUGUAUGUCUAUCUGUGUUUUUUGUUUUUAUUUUCUCACUUAGAAUAGAAACUGCAGACUUUUAAAAUACCGUUCAGAUAUACCUUGUGUCAUUUCAUGUUACACGCUUUGCCGUCUUACGCAUUGUAUAAGAAGGGAGACCGUGUAAUUCUUAUUUUAUGUAUGUUGUAAACAAUUUCUGCACCGAUAUUUCAAGUUCAAAUACAAGAAAAGGUGUAAUUGAGAUAUUCGUACGGAAAUUGUUAAGAUAUGGGCGUUUGUUUCAUUCAUACCUUUUCUUCCUUUGGCACAAUAAGAGCGAUUUUUCUUCAUAUUUCCCAAAGAUUAUAAGGAUAGCUCUGGGUAUUUUCGAUAUUUUGUUCAGAAGAAAAUAGUUGUUAUGUGCUAUAGUACUUAUGGGUUGUUUGUGUAUUUAUACGGUUGUGCCCCCACUGCCUUGCCUGUGUUUGUCUGUCUGUUUGUAUGUUUGAGAGCAGCGGGGGUGCAACUGUGGACUACGUAAUGUAUGGCUUGUUGGAAUUAGAAUAGUGAAAUAUAUUAUUAUUAUAUUUAAAAUA